AUGGCAUCCAAGCACGUACCAAAACCUUCCUGGACAGGCGGUCCUCCUCUCAGCUCCCAAGCACCCCCAUAUGCCCAAUUCAGCCCUUCCCCCUCUUCCCCCGAGUCGAGAUCAUCCUCUCCACCACCGUUUCUCCUCCCGCUCCGGCUCCCAUUCACCCGCUCCUAUCUGCGUAAACGGCGAACUCCGCUCCCGGCCGUCCUUGCGGGGCUGACAAUUCUCACCCUGUCUGUGCUGCUCUUCCUGGUUAUGAGCAGGCGGUGUGAGCCCGUCCAGGUCGUUCAGCAGGUAGGGGUAAGACAGGGUGUGGACGACAGGUUCGCGACGAGGAACUGGGUUAGGGGACCACCUAAACCGCGGUUUGCUGACAACCUCAAGCCUGAUGUCAAGUACAUCUCUACCUUUGUCUCCUCUGGGUGGACAGCGAACGACGUGAUGACGUACGGCAACCUGCUCUACCUCUCCCUCCUAACACAACGCGUCCCCGUCCUAGGCCCCUUCGUCCCCUCCCACCUCUCCUCUACAGCAGGAUACAUCCCCUUCUCCGACGUGUUCGACAUUGCCCAUCUAGCAAAGUCAAUGAACGCCCCUGUGCUGGAAUGGGGUGACCUGAAGAGUGUCGAAGAGGGGGUGGAGGAAGAACUUGGAUGUUGGAGUGCCUGGAUGGCCACGAGUAGGGAGAUCAAGGACCCAAGAUGGAGCUGGAUCCCCGGUGUCUUCGGGCUAGACAUAAGCUAUACCCCGCUCCCCUACGACCACAAGAUGUUCCCCGAGCAGGACAACGAGCCCCACCUAAAAUACGGGAAACUGAUGCAGCUCUCCUUCCCCUCCGAGCGGGCGCGCGCGCUCUCCCUCUCCUCUCCCCGCGGUACAAAAUCCGGGAACCCGCUGCUCCCGUCCGACCACCUCCUGUGCUUCGACCAGAUGUAUGCUAUCUCCCUCGAACAGCAGUGGGAGUGGUUUGUGGAUUCGAGCCCUGUUUGGAGGUUCGUAGGCAGGCAUAUGCGCUGGAACAAGAAUGCCGAGGCUUUGGCGAAGAACUAUCUCGCAAAACACUGGGGAGUGCCGCAGGGCGGGCUCUUACCUCCCUACAUCUCCGUCCAUGCCCGGAGAGGGGACUUCACCGCCCACUGUCAGUGGAUGCACCAAACCGGCUCCUCCUGCCUCCCUUCCCUCACCCAACUCCAACGGCGUGUCUCCGAAGUAAGCGAAAAGCUCGCACUGAAAGGCGUCCAUACGGACCGAGUACUCGUCACGAGUGACGAGAAGGACGAGACUUGGUGGGCUGGGGUGGGCCAGUUGGGGUAUACGUGGGUGGACCAUAAAGCUCUGAGAACGGACGAGCUGUAUGGGGAAUGGUACUCACCCCUCCUGGACGCGAUAUUCCAUUCCCUUGCAGCGGGGUUCGUGGGCACUGACCAGAGUACGAUGUCACUCCUUGCGGCUCGGAGAGUGGAGGAAUGGAACGAUGGCCCGGUGGGGUUCUUGUUGUGGCAGGGAGUUCCGGAGGGGGAGCUGUGAGAGGGAACGCUCCAUCGGGUGUGCCGGGGAGUGGGAAGGGGCUGCCUACAACGUUGCGUAUGCGUCUAUUCAGACCUGUCUGAAAUAGGUGAACAAGAGUAUC